CAUUGUUUUCUGCCUCAUGUAUGCACUGCCCCUCUCUGUUCUGAUUAUCUCAUAUCUAAGGGGCCGGCUAGUACUAUAAGCACCAAGGCAAAAUUAGUAUUUCACUUGAUGGCUAUCACCAAGGUUUAUGUUGUGUAUUACUCCUUGUAUGGACAUGUAGACACUAUGGCAAGAGAAGUGCACAGAGGGGCUGCUGCUGUUGAAGGUGUUGAAGCAACACUAUGGCGGGUCCCUGAGAUGUUUUCGGAUGUAAUAUUGGAAAAGUUGAAGGCCCCUGCUAAACCAAAUGAUGUAGAAGACAUAAGGCCAGAACAACUUCUGGAGGCUGAUGGUUUUAUCUUUGGUUUUCCUUCUCGUUUUGGCAUGAUGCCAAGCCAGUUCAAGGCCUUCUUUGAUGCCAGUAGUGAGCUAUGGGCAUCCCAAGCACUGGCAGGAAAACCUGCUGGAAUCUUCUGGAGCACCGGUUUCCAUGGGGGAGGCCAAGAACUGUCAGCAUUGACAGCUGUAACUCAAUUAGCUCAUCAUGGAAUGCUUUUUGUUCCCCUUGGAUACACCUUUGGAAGGGGCAUGUUCGAGAUGGAAGAGGUUAAAGGAGGCUCCGCAUAUGGAGCUGGAACUUUUGCAGGCGAUGGAUCACGCCAACCUACAGAGCUGGAACUGCAACAGGCCUUUUACCAGGGUAAAUAUGUUGCUGAAAUCGCAAAAAAGCUGAAAAACUAACCUUGUGUAUAACAAAUGCAUAAUAGAUACUAUGAACGAUGAAGUGCUACAUUGUCAAGAACUGAUUGUACAGAAGAAUUACUUUCAUUUAUAGACACACAUUGAAAGGCCUCUUGUUGCUUUUCGUUUUCUGGGUACUGUGGCUGCAACAAUGUAUAUCUUCUGUUGCCUUUUCAAGAAAACUCCUAAAUUAUUCUAAUAACACAAAUCAGAAAACAAAAUAAAUUAUUCUGCAU